AUGUCGGGCUCUUCCGCACCUUGCCAGGUCUUCGUGGUAGGUCUCCAUUUCCAAGGUCUGGAACCAGCACUGCUGCAGGCCCUGAAUGCCCGCAUCAGCAAAGAAGUGGCAGGGAAGCAAAGCCCCGAGUUGUUGAAUGACUGGGCCAAAGCUGCGCAGCCUACACUGGAAGAUGAUGUUUCGGCGUGGUGGAGCAGACUGCCUCGGCAUGAGCAAAUCGAAAGGAUUCAAAUUGCACGCAUCCCACUGCCAAAGCACCUGCUGUGGGGUCGCUGUGCCGAGUGGCUGUUGGAGGCACUUCCUGCUGGUCGAGGAUGCAGAGACCCUGGCACGAGACCGGCCAAACGGCAGCGGCAGGAAAUCGGGUGGUGGCACCUGGAGCGUAGCCGCUCCGACCACCGGACCUUGGCUCAGAGCUUAGAGACCUCGCCCGCAGCAGCGAGGACAAUUGCAGAAAGCGCUUGGAGAGAAAUCAAAUUGCCAAGCCGUCAGCAGUUUGUGAACUCCAUCGUUGCAGAUCGGGACCUCCUGCAAGCCCUGCUGGACCGUUCUGGUGCAGUUGGUCUUCCCGAGUUGCCAGAGGCAUUGCCUGCCACGUUGCUUUGGAUGGUGCAACUCUUGAGCUCUUUGCUGCCUGAACGCCUGGUGGAUGAAGGUCAUGCAUCGCUUUCCUACCAGCGUUGUGGCUUGGUGGCACCAGCUUGCCGACAGUGUGAUAUGUCUGUGAUGCCUUAG